UCAUGCAUCGUGUGCUAAACGAGUAUUGUAAUUUAUAAACUUUGGCGUCUCAAACAGUCGCAAAAAUGUGUGUACGUUCAUUCUGUGUAAUAUAUUUGAUUUGUUUUUACGGUUCUAAAGCUUUGUCGAUUGAGGAAAGGUUAGUGAAAGUAGAACAAACAUUGGAGCAUCAAGAGGUCACACUCAAGCAUCAAGAGAAAACAAUCCAGGACCAGGAAACCAUCGUUAAAAAUCACGAGAAAGAAAAUCAAGACUUGAAACUUCGAUUGGAAAUGCUUGAAAACGAAAGAGAUAAAGUUAAAGAAUGUUACACUACCGAUGACUUAGAUCAAAAAGACAUGAAGACAGCAGGCGACAAUCAAUCCACCUUAUCCCACCUGAACGGAGUGAUUAAGCAACAAUCGGGAGGAAUUGCAUUUCAUGCCUAUAUGACUGGCAGCAAAUGUGUCCAGGACAAAGAGCUGGUUGUGUUUGAUACAGUGGCAAUAGACGAUGGUGAUGGUUACUAUCCAGAGGACGGGAUAUAUGUCGUGCCUGAAAACGGAACUUACAUGUUCAUCUGGACUUUGUUUUCGACGAAAGGGGAAUGGUCCGUAUCUGAUAUAAUUGUUGACGGCAAAACAAAGGGAUGGAUUGCAACAGAUGAUGAAAACGACCAAGCAACUGGAGUAAUCAUUGUACAAGUGAGCGUGGGUAUCCAUGUUUUUAUUGAAAAAAGGACUGGAGAUGGCUGCAUCGUACAAGAUGAGUUUUCUCGAUCAACAUUUACAGGAUGGAAACUGUAUUGAUAAUAUUUGAUAUCAGUGUACUGUUCUUGAAUUUCUAGCCAAAAAAAUAUUUUCGGAAAUUUAUAAAAACAUAUAUGAAAAUCAGAAUUAAAUAGGUCGAAAAACAUU